AUGUCUGGAUUUUCAGCGAUACGACCUUUGAUGAAGCUUCAUCCUCAAUAUAUCCAGGAACUGGUAUUUCGCUCAUCCUGCACGAUCUUUUCUCUUAUUGCAGUGGGCUUUUUCGCCGGGUGUUUGCGUAUUAACGACGACGUCCCUGUGCCGCCAUCAUCACCGGUGAAGGGAAGAUGGAAAGACGGCAUACCAAUUUUGCCGCUUGGAAUUUCCAUACUGUCCUCUAUUUACAUUGUAUACUACACUAUUUUACGAAGACAUGCUCCCCACCUUGCAGUGCAGCUAGCACUCGACGUUACGGUUUUAAUUGGGCUGGUUCCAACUAUAACCUUGUCUGCCUUGAGCUCAGCAUUUUUGCUCUGGACACCACUACCCCCUGAUGUUCUUGACGUUGCCUGCAACCAAGAAAACAAGUUCACCAGGCCCUGUUUCCCGGAAUUAUAUCGACUAGGCUCUCUAGAGUUAGCUGCUAUCAUUUUCUCUUGCGCAUGGGGGUGGAAAGUUGUUCACAAAAAGCGACGCCGCAGACAUCGACAUCACGGUACGAAAGAACGCAUCUUUGUACGCCUCGAUGAUCCGGAGACCGAAAAAGACUAUCUUUCUUCGUAUCUCCAGAUUGUUAAUGAGGUAUCAUAUCCGGCUGUAGCAGCUACAAAGGAAAAUCGAUUUUAG